GCAUGGAUCUCAGCGAGCUGGAGAGGGACAAUACGGGCCGCUGUCGCCUGAGCUCACCUGUACCUGCCGUGUGCCUCAAGGACCCCUGCGCCUUGGGCGUGGAUGAAGCGGGCCGGGGCCCGGUGCUUGGCCCCAUGGUCUACGCCAUCUGUUACUGCCCCCUGUCCCGCCUGUCAGAUCUGGAGGCUCUGAAAGUGGCAGACUCGAAGACCUUGACGGAGAACGAGCGGGAGAGGCUCUUUGCGAAAAUGGAGGAGGACGGAGACUUUGUGGGUUGGGCUUUGGACAUUCUGUCUCCAAACCUGAUCUCUACCAGCAUGCUUGGGCGGGUCAAGUACAACCUCAACUCCCUGUCCCAUGAUACAGCUGCGGGGCUGAUACAGUAUGCGCUGGAUCAGGGUGUGAAAGUCACCCAGGUAUUUGUGGACACUGUGGGCAUGCCAGAGACGUACCAGGCUCGACUACAGCAGCGCUUUCCAGGGGUGGAGGUAACAGUCAAGGCCAAAGCAGACUCCCUGUUCCCCGUGGUCAGUGCUGCCAGCAUCUUCGCCAAGGUGGCUAGAGACCAGGCUGUGAAGAGCUGGCAGUUUGUGGAGAGUGUACAGGAUCUGGACUCUGAUUAUGGCUCAGGCUAUCCCAAUGACCCCAAGACGAAAGCCUGGCUGAGGAAACACGUGGACCCCGUGUUUGGCUUCCCCCAGUUUGUUCGGUUCAGCUGGAGCACAGCCCAGGCCAUCUUGGAAAAGGAAGCCGAAGGUGUCACGUGGGAGGACUCAGCAGCUGAGGAGGAUCCUGAGCGACCUGGAACGAUCACCUCCUACUUCCUCAGCCAGGGCCCUCAGACCUGCCGCCCACUGGUCCCCCACAGAUACUUCCAGGAGCGAGGCCUGGAGGCAGCCAACAGCCUCUAGAAGCAAAUGUGUGAACCUGCCCCCUCUUACUCAGGAAUUAAAGCUGUUCAGGAGAA